AUGAACGACGACAAGGAAAACAAAAUGGAUGGAAGAUCGGUCGGUGAUGGGCAGUCACCUUCUCGCAGGAGAUCGGACGCUAGUAGUUUCAGCUUUCGAAACAUUCCUCCCAACACCCCUCUUCGCAACACUCCGCUCAAGGAUGUUUUGGCCAGUGCAAGGAAGAAAAGCCAUCCAACACCCAGCAUUGACUUUCACAACAACAAUAUAUCACAGCACCAGCAAACAAAUACAAAUGAUCUCUCGACUUCCACCACGGAUUCUUCCUAUGAUGGAUGCCUGAAGGAUCUCAUGGUUGGAUUGGACACUAGUUCAGCAAACGACACGUCCCACUCGUCGUCAUCCGUUAGCAGCGGCCUCAUGAACCGAACCGUCCUCAGUGACACCACCGAGGUUACUGCUUCCAUCUUUGUCAGGGCAGCGAGCUCCAAGCAGUGUUUGCUGGACGUGACACGGUCCGAGAAAAAGCGAAAGCGGAAAGAAGAAGCCAAGGAAAAGCAACACCGAGCGCCGCUGGAAGAAAUCCAUUUGAAUCUUAGUGGUGAAACUAGUCACAGCAAUGUAGCUAACAAAACAACUGCAAAUGACGAUGACGCAAUGGAAACAGAUCAUCAGAGUCAACAACAACAAUCUUCGUUUCUCGAGCAACUGAAACACAAGGAGACAUCAUCCGACGACAACGCGAGAGAAGAAGACAAGGAAAUCCAAACCAAUGGACUACGGGCACCCUCUGGCUUGGCAACCACAACUCAGCCCAAAAAUAAGGAGAACAAUCCGGUCAAUAAUCCACCACGUAGUCGCCGCAGCUCGUUGUUGACGGGGUCUUCGCCGUUAGCCGCCGUCAACCCACGAAUCCAGGCUUCACCCAACAGCAUCCGGAAAAUGACAGCGUCCCUGAAACGAAAUCGUCUUCAACGUAGACUGGAACGAGACCGAAACAUCCGAAAGAGGCUUUCCACGGGAGUAGCAAACAAAAAACCAGUUGUACCUGCUGGAAGAACUCCUGGUGGGUCCAGGUUCUCCAUUGGAAGUGCCUUUGCAAAGGCAGGACGUGGGUCGAUCGGAAGUCGGCGUUCAUCAUCUGGGGGAGAAAGUGCUGGAGAGCACACGGGUGAAUUGUCUUGGAAUCUCUCCAGCAAGCUAGCGCAGUCUCCAUUGGAAUCAGCUGAUGAAAAGGAGGGACCUGACAAUGGGAGUGAAAAGCCCUUUACAUCACCAGAAUUUUUGGUGGGUGGCGCAGCAAAGCCUGCGGUUGGAGGUCAAAAUGGAUACGAAGACACUACGGAGAUUAACUUUGAUUUCGACAAGUGGAUCAGGGAUCCAAUUGAGAAACCGGCGGAAUGUGAUGUGGAAGCCUCGGUUCGUAAUGGGACAAGUGCAGUCGCUCUUCGCAGGUUGUCAAAGACUGACAAUAAGGAUCGCAAGGAUGGCGACGCUUCGAUAUCCCAGCAAUACAGUGAGACUCAAAGCGUUGAUAGCUCUACCAGAAAGCCUUUCACUCUCGUGGACUCAAUGUCAAAGUCACUGGGAUCGUCCGCAGCCGGUUGUGCAGCAUCCAUUCGGGACCCGUUCAGUAAUCAAAUGGAUGAUAAGAGUGGACGCAGCAGCAACAAGAAUGGCUCGGAGGUCUCCUCGAAGCGGCGAUCUACGUCGUCCACCAGUACUGGUUCCAUUGGUCAGAAGGAUCUUGCUCUUGACAACACCACAAAAGGAUCUGCCGAUUUUUCCAGCAUCAAAUCGGUUGUAGGCAGCAACAACAAAGAUGAUUGGGAACACAGCCAGGAGGAAUCCAAACGCAGUUCUCCCCCGCGCGAAAUUUCGGUUGCUAUGGGCUCCCAAGAGACCACUCCACGAGAAUUAAAUGGGAUGCAGUCGCCCACGAGCACAACAGAAGCAGCAGCCCACCGUGCACCUGGCUCUUCUUCAAAGAUUACGCCUACAAGAUUGAAGAAAAGACCACGUCGAAUCGCAAAUCCCGAUGCGAUCACCUCUCCGGCGCACAAUACGCGGGGUGCCGUCAAGAAAAGAGCCCUGGUGGAGGGAGACCAAACGAAUGUCCCCGAUGCGUCCCCUGCAACGGGAAACAAUCAAACGCAACUCGUAUUUGACCAAAACGUCGACUCUUCUGCCACCAAGGAACAGCGGAACGGAAGGGAAUCCCUGGCUCCAAGUGUCACUACCAGGGCAAGUCGUCGGAGUUCAGCCACCUCGGAUUAUCCAAACAUCAACGAUAUCCUCGGCUCGACGUUUGGCGAUACCGAUGAUGAUGACGAUGGUAUGACAGUCGACUUUUCCAUAGGCGAUCUGCUUGGACGAGGAGACGAGGGCUCUCGGCGAUCCAGUAUCGGCGUAACAAAUCGACGGAGCUCCACUUUCCGAGCUUCUCUUUCCAGCCUUCCCGAAAAUGGGCCUGGGCUUGAUGUCGCGAGCAUUGGAGGCAAAUCAGGUCUUGAAGAGGCAGGAAUCCUUGCAAAGCAGAAACACCGAAGAUCCAAUCGACGCAAAAGUUCAGCCUUCCUGCUUCCCAGCAUGGUAGUGGAGGAGAACGAUACACCUAAGGACACGGCUCUGUUGAACGAGCACGAAGCUCCGGACAAGCCACAAGAGAAAAGACCCGAUGCCGCAAAGCCAGUCAACUCGAGAUCCCCUGGGCAGAAUCGUACUCGUCGACAUUUAGGUACGGCUUCAAUCGAUUCGCCGGCUCGGCAUACCAGAAGUGCGGGCAGAUCAUUGGUUGAAGGGCUUGCCAUGUCACCCGCAUCAAAACGUGGGAGCGAACCUCGCACUCAAGGUCCAUCAGGGAGCAGCAAGGAAAAGGUCGUUUUAUCUCCUCCCAAGAUCUAUUUCGAAAUGAAUGAAGACACCGUCUCCACUGCAGCUCUAUUGGCGCAAGCAAACCCCAACUUCAAACCUAGAACUUCAUCGAUUGCUACUGCAGCUCUAUUGGCGCAAGCAAACCCCAACUUCAAACCUAGAACUUCAUCGAUUGCUACUGCUGAGAUCCUUGGCUUGCCGAUUGGUCGCAACAAUGCGGGGAACAGAGAUAGCUUAUCCACCUCCGAUGACAUCCUUGAAUCUGAGAAGUCCCGAGACGGCUCAGAAACAACAGAGAAGAGCAUUGCCAAUAGCAUCAAAUCUGGGAGCUCGGGGUCCAGCAGUGAUACCACUUCAACAGUCCCAGAUAUCAAUGCACUUCUUGGCUCGCCUUCAAGCGAAAGCAAAGGUGGCGAGCAUACUGAACACAGCAACAAAUCUGGAAGUUCGGGUUCCAGUAGUGAUACCACUUCAACAAUCCCAGAUAUCAAUGCAAUUCUUGCAAGUAAAAGAAAGGUUGGGGCGAGAGACAGUAUAAGUGCAGCCGGUUCAGGAGCAGAUCAGGAGCAUACUCAUGACAGCAACAAAUCUGGCAGCUCGGGUUCCACCACUUCAACAAUCCCAGAUAUCGAUGCAAUUCUUGGUUUACCUUCAGGGACAAGUCAGGAUAGGCAGAGAGACAGUAUAUCUACAGAUAGCUCAGGAGCAGAUCAGGAGCAUACUGAACACAGCAACAAAUCUGGCAGCUCAGGUUCCAGCAGUGAUGCCACUGCAACAGCCCCAGAUAUUAAGGAGCUCCUUGCAUCUUUCUCGAGUGAAGGUGACCAAGAGAGAAUGAACGAAAGCGAUUCCACUAUUGACCCAUCACGACAGGAUUCUGAAGAUCAUCAAUCGGAAACAAGCUUCACCAGCAGCAAAUCGAGCACUUCAGUGGUCAGCACUUCAUCGCGGGAUACGAAACGGCAAAGAAUGGCAUGUUCCCAUCAGGCUAGAAGUGACGCAAAGCGCCAGCGACUCACGAAUGGUGUUGUUGAAGGUCUUGAAACGCCUUCUAAAAGUGACACAUUGCCCCAAGAUGGCAACGCAGCCUCUUUAGCUGCAGUGGAGGCCUCGGCAAAGGAGAGAACGGCAGCUACCAGCGGGGCUACGACACAUGAUGCCUCCCCAGGAAGCGAUAGUAACGAACUGGAAACGUCGUUUGAUUGGGAUGGCGGUAAGCACAAAUCAAAAUCAACUGCCAAUGUUGGUCGGCGCAGCAGUAUUCUCGCUUCAGCUCUGAAACGAUCAAGGAGUCCAGGCAUCCGGAGGGAUUCACAAGAGCAUUCUGUCAGAAAGAGUGUAGGCUUCAAAUCACCAUCAGCGGCAGAAUACGACGUGGGCAGCAUGUCUCGAAGCCUAACACCAAUGCCCAAGAGCCAAGUGAAGGCACUGUUUCAGAUACCAGGCUCUGACGCAGCAACUAACGACACUAGUGGCUCGGAUAUGUCCCUGUCGUCGUCAUCAAGCGAUCCGGAUCCAGCAUCACCCCGAGAUAUCAACCCAGCAAUUGGCGGCAACAGCGAGACGUCUUUGUCUUCAACUUCGAGCUCUGAACCUUCCCACGAGAAUUACGAUGAGGAAACGGUCACGCUGGAGAUGAACUUGGAUGAACUAAUGAACAAAGUUGAAACCGAGAUAUCUACUGGCCAUGGCCAGCAACAAGAGCUAGAAGUGGACUCUUCGCAAGAUUCUCUUUCGUUCAACAAUGAAGGGAAUGGUGGUGGCAAUCAGGAGGAGGCGACAAUUGAGCUGGAAACAAGUCUUCGCGACAUGUUUGCAAACACGGCCAAUGAUAUUGACAGCGGAGGCUCUGAUUCCAUGUCCCUUGAAGCGACAAACAAAGAGGAAACAGAGCUGCAAGAUGAUUCGUCUCCGAAUUUGAUAGCCCGGCGAGGAAACGAUGAAGAAACCACCAUAGAGCUGGAGUCGGAUGUCGACGAGCUGUGGAAUGCCAACGCCGAGGCCAUGCCAUUCGGGGAUGUCUCUGCAAUCCCAUUGAGCUCUCCAGGCGAUGAAAGCGGUUCUCCUCAGUCGCAGUCGCGGUCACAGUCAUCGCUUUCGUUCAGCAAAGAAGAGCUCGGAGAUACUUCGUCGUCGACUGCUGGUCGAUCCGAGGAUGAAGGCACAGUUCCACUCGAGAACAACGUGAGCGAACUUUUUGCAAAAGCUAUGAUGCAAGAGUCUGCCGACGAGAGUCGUAGCGUUGACAUGGACCGGAGGCAAUCGUUCACGGCGAAGUUGGAAGAUAACCUGGAUAUGGUAUUGGAUCCAAUUCCGGCAGUCGGCGCUGACAACACAUCGACUAACCACAACUUGUCAUCAUCGCUUGCUUCUGAUGACGAACAAACCGAAUCCGAGUGCGAUCAAGUUUCGAUCUCUCAGUUAUCAGCGGCUGCAUCCAGUCGAUCUGAGGAAUCUCGAGAGUUCUCGAAUGAUUCGGGGGCUUCUAAGGAUGCGUUUGACAUGGACUGCAAAGAGCUCUUUGAUCUGGGCUUUCCGAGAGGCAUUGAAACGACGUCCCAAUUUCCCGACAUCGUAGCCGGACUCACAGCCAGCUCUUCAUCUGCCUUACGAACCAACGAGUUUUCCGCUGUCUUGGAUUCGAUUUGCGGAGAGUUGGAGGGCAAUAUCGAAAACCUUGAAGACACAAACACCGCGUUCAAACGCAUCGUUGACAGCAAACGUGACGUGUUCUUUGCUUUACAAGAACGACUGCGACAAAAUGACGAUGACUGCCGACAUACUAUAGAGCGGCUUGGUGCUGCAGUUCGCGCGAACUGCACUAUGGAAUGGAACAAUUGGUUGGCAGUAGUCUUGGGAUCUUUAAAUGAUCCCUUUGAGGAAGUCUUGGAGUCUCUGGGAUACUCUACGAGCCAAACGACAAAACACCUCCACUUGGCACAAGAAGGCAAGGGAGAAAUGAUCGCUAUAGCCGAUUCCAUGGCUCGCAGGGCGCGAAGGAAGAGUACCGGUCGGCGCAAGAAACAGUCCCGUGAUGUUGAAGACGAAAUUCGGCAACUGGAACAGCAAAUUGCAGGCAUCCAGACGGGAAAGGAAACCGCAAAGGUCCGAAACGAGAAGGCAAGCGCUUUGCACGUUGCACUGACCAAAAAGGCAAACCAAAAAGACCCAAAAUCAAUGCGAGAUCAAAGUGCAAGAAGUCAGAUUCUGUAUACCACCAUUCGAAAUAUUCAUCGUGUUGAACUGACGGGGCGGCAGACUACGACACGUCAGAUGUACAAGAUAGCUGGCGUCUACCCAGAAUCCAGUGCGUCUCUAACCUUUCAUGUCAAGGAGGACAGGUCGAAGGUUGUGUGCCACGCAAAACUAGAUUCAACUGCAUUCCGACAGCGAGCAGGGGUCAAGGGUGUACUGUCAAGGUCAGCCAAAUGCUAUCUCAAAAAAAGCAUUGGCGAUCUUCUCAAACGUCUUACGACAGGUACCGGUAGCAAUCAACUCAAUUCGCCUGGAGAGAUUGGCCCUUUCCUGAUGGACCUGGAUUGCCGAGUGGGACGACAUGAGAGUACGGCAAGGGAAAUAUCUGCUCUGGAAAACCGCCAAGAAAUGAAGUGGUUGUUUACCAAUGGAAAAACUACGCUGGAAAUGGUCGUAUGUGGGUAUCACGCGAUGUUUGAGUUCAAUCAUCUGUACCCGUUCAAGAAGAUGGCUUGUCGGUUUGAUGUGCUUGGCAAGGGCGAACAAGCUCAAGCAAAGGCUCUGCAACGACACUGGGACAAACAUGUGGAGCCCGGUCCUCAAUACCUCACACGGCUGUACGAUUGCAUGAUUGCGUACUUGCAACCACCCAAACAGUUUUAA